CAGUGCCUUAUCGCUAUCAUUUUUCCUACAAGCCCGAUUAGACGAGAUCGUAACUGAAUUGCGAAGAGUAACUGCUAAAAAUUUGCAACGAUAAAUUCAAACAUGUUCCUCGAGAGAGUUUGCCUGAUCUCAGCUAUCUUCGCCGUUACAUUUGCGGCUCCGAGGAUAUCCGGGUCGAUACCAACCUGGCAUCUACCAUGUGGAGAACUCAAUUAUCAAACUGUCCCUUUGAAGAACCUCGAGAAUGAGAUGAAGUCCAGUCUGGAGAAUCUCAAACUGCAACAUCAGCUGACAAUGAAUGACUACUUGAAUCGAGAUUACGAAUACCUGUACGAGAGAGUUAGGAUUGGCGUCGACGACCAUCAGUACAUACCUAACUGGGUACCUGGCAAGAAGGAUGUGAAUCUUGUAAGAAAACUGGCCGACGCUAAUACUCCAAUGAUUGUUAACCACUACCCGAAAAUGCACAUGGAUCUCCAGAAAUUCGCCGUGGCAUUCGAAGAACUGAUCGAGGACGAGUCUAAUUCUCAAGUUCGACAAGCUCUUAAGGCGACUCAAUCGUACUUAACAAUGAUGUUAUGCGAGGUCGAGAGCAACAUUAACUCUUUGCCCUCCAUACGACUCCCGACACGCGUGGAACGAAGCAUCAUGAGCCAUAUCGAGCGAAACCCUGUCGAUGAGACGCGGAGGCUCAUCAGGGACUGGGGCGUAGUUCUUAAAUACCGAGACUACCUGCAUGCUUGGAGGCAUGUAUUCAACUAUUAGAGAUAAGAAAAAGAAGUAUUUGACUGUCGUAAUCAGUAGGUCAUCGAUCAUUCUCAUCAGAAGAUGACACCAGAAGGUGCAUCAGAUUAUCGGGAAGCAUAUGCCACCGAUGUAAAUUGAUUUAACACCUGCCACGACUGUAGCCAUAAAAUCGCGUCACUAUCUGCAUAACGGCGCAGUAAACGUUGAAGUUAUUGACAAUAAUCGUUGGUCAUGUAGCGAUUAUUGCGAAAUUUGCGGAGACUACGAAAUUUGCCUUAUGAUCCGUGAAAAUUUCUCAAAAUUAUUUAUUGAAUUAAUUAUUUAUUAUCGCGGCUCACGAUUGAAUAUGUAGCAUAUAGUAUUUAUUCUUACACGUAAAUUAAUUUAUUUGGUAUAUUAAUUAUUUAUUUAUUUGGAUCGAUAGUACCUUCAUUAAUUGUACCUUUCUGACAAUGAGAGGUAUUCUGUAACCGAUAUCGAUUUCUAAGAUUCUCGGUUGCAUUUUGUGAUAAUCAGUCACAAUGAUAAUCGUGUUUGUUGUAUCUUUGUGACAAGUGAUCACUCAUAGAUUAUUUAUGAAAGACAUUAUUUGUAGAAGAGAUGAUUUUUAUUUCGCGCAGUAUUAUAUAUUUAUAACUCA